AUGCUUAUACAUGGUUUUUCGGGAGCGGUGCACUUGUACAAGUACAAUACAGUGCAGAUAGGUAUACGAGUACUGUACUCUACCGCACCUGACACGUUUCAGUCCAGUCCUGCUACCAGUCCCUUACAAGUACCGUACUCGCCCAGCCAGGAUCGUAGACUACCUUUUGUCCUACCACCAGACCAAGCGUGAUUAAAUACCAGUAGGCCAAACCCUGAAGGAACUCAUGAGCUCUACUGUACGUGUAUCGUAUCGUGGCUCCGCUAUAAUCCCCCCACAAUAACAGCGAAGAAAGAUGGUCAGUGAUCACGGGAAGAGGGGAGAGGAGAGGGAGAGUCUUAACAUGUUUACUAGGAUCAGGAUAGAUCUCAAUAGCCUAACGUCCGCAUAGAAAAACAAUUAACCUUUCCCACUCAAAACACACAUUAUUCAUUCCUUUUCUUUUUCCUUCCCCCCCCCCCCUUCUCCCUCAAUCAAAAGAUUCGAAACUGGGCCUUAAUUCUCGAGGGAAAUAAAUGCACGUGGGAAUUUUGAAUUGCUUUUUUAUCCCGUUUGCGGGCUUUCGGAAUGAAUAGUAACUUGUAUUUAUCAUAAGUAAAAGUUUUUAUGUUGAGUGGGGGGUGGUUUUUCCUUUUUUAGUUAUAUAGCGGGAAUUCGGUGGACAUCUGCAGGAGGGGUUUUUGUUUUUGUUUUGUUUUUUCAUAUUCCUUUCCCUUUCUCCCGACACAUGCCACGCUGGUUUCGGAGUUAAUACUCAGCGUAUUACAGUAAGAUACUUGGAUUGGAUUAAAAUGAUUGUCCCCC